AGAGUUGUAGGGGAAGUGUAACGAGGGAGGAUCGCCUACAGCUCACAGCUUGAGAGGACACAAUUGUGACAGCUUGUCUGAAAAAAAAGCACCGACAUUUCAUCCCAACCCCGACGUGACUGCCACCGGGACCUCGUUAGGGUGCAAAUUUCGAGAUCCCGGGACAGCAAAAGUCCCAUCUACGGGAAAUUUAGGGCAAGGAAACCGGAGAGAGAGAAAGAGGAAACAUUGUAACAUUGUAGAGAAGAAGGUGGAAGGGACAGAAGAUUCUCCUCUUAGGUGGACCUCCUAGGUGGACCUUCUAGGUGGACUUUCUAGGUGGACUUUCUAGGUGGACCUCCUAGGUGGACUUGGGUAGACCCUCAACUCAUCCGGUCACCGAGGCUUGGUGAAGAAGUCGGGAGGGGGGGGCGAUGAUGGUGAAGAAGACUCUUCACUACGACCAAUGAACUCCUGGAAGAGUGGAAGGCAGAAAGGAUCGCAGCUUCACCCGCCCGGAAAAGUGUCUUUGGCUCCGGCAGAGGAAGAUGAAGCUUUGUGACAGCGAGCUGCACACCCAUGAAAGUCGGCAGCAGGGAAGAGAGGGGUAAAGGGUUCCCGGGAGCCGAGGCAGACGCGCUGAGAAGGCAACAUGGCACGGUGGCCCCUUUCUGGGUUCCUCGCCGUCCUGGUCGGGCUCCUGCUCUCCCUGCAGAGGUCCCUGACCAAUGAAAUUCUAGGACUGAAGAUACCACCAGAACCGGUACUUAAUGCCAACACCGUGUGCUUGACGUUACCUGGACUGACCCGGCGCCAGAUGGAAGUCUGUAUGCGGAACCCGGAUGUCACGGCCUCAGCCAUUCAGGGGAUCCAAAUCGCCAUCCACGAGUGCCAGCACCAGUUUAGGGACCACCGUUGGAAUUGUUCCAGCCUGGAAACCAAGAACAAGAUUCCUUAUGAGAGCGCAGUUUUCAGCAGAGGAUUCCGGGAGAGCGCCUACGCCUAUGCUAUCGCGGCAGCUGGAGUGGUCCAUGCGGUGUCCAACGCUUGUGCCAUGGGCAAGCUGAAGUCUUGCGGUUGUGAUGAGAAGAGGAGAGGGGAUGAAGAUGCAUUCAAAGCUAAGCUGCACAGGUUGCAGAUGGAAGCAAUGAAUCGGGGGAAGGGGAUGGUCCAUGGUGUAAUGGAACACAUGCCUGCUGACGUUCCGGGGCCACAGGACUCCUGGGAAUGGGGAGGCUGCAGCCCCGAUGUGGAAUACGGGGAGAAGUUUUCCAAAGACUUCUUGGAUUCUCGGGAACUUUACAGAGACAUACACGCCCGCAUGAGGCUCCAUAACAACAGAGUGGGAAGGCAGGUUGUGAUGGACAACAUGAAACGGAAAUGCAAAUGCCAUGGUACUUCAGGAAGCUGCCAGCUCAAGACCUGUUGGCAGGUCACCCCUGAGUUUCGAGCGAUUGGCUCCGUUCUGAAGGACAGGUUCACGGUGGCCACCCUUAUAAGGCCCCACAACAGAAACAAUGGACAGCUGGGCCAGCUGGAGCAGACGCAGGCCCCGUAUCGGAGGCGAGCCAGCAUGAAUGACUUGGUGUAUUUCGAGAAGUCGCCCGACUUCUGCGAGCAGGAGCUGCAUAUGGACUCGGCUGGGACGCAAGGGCGGAUAUGCAACAAAACCAGCCCCGGUAUGGACAACUGCGAGAGCCUCUGCUGCGGCCGGGGCCACAACAUCCUGCGGCAGACGCGCAGCGAGCGCUGCAACUGCAAGUUCCACUGGUGCUGCUAUGUGGUGUGCGAAGAAUGCCGCAUCACAGAGUGGGUGAGCGUGUGUAAAUAAAGAGCGGACGCUACGAGGACUACCCGGCUUCCAAGAUUUUAUAUGAAAAAAAAAACAAUGAGGUUCUCUACGGGAAAUAUAAAUAUUAUCACUCCAGGGACUUACAGCCCUCAACUCAUGCAUCUCCCGUCUUCCUCAUAGAUUAGCCUGGGACUACAUUGCACCGUUGACUGCCCGUGUUCACUUCUUCACAUACCGGAUUUUGGUUGCCCAAUAGGAAUAAGGAGGUUCUGUAAUUCAAGGCAAAGUGACAGGUUCUCUUGUCAGAGCCUUGGUGACAACUCAACUGUGGCUGCUCAAACCGUCAAGGUCAAAAACAAAUCAAUGAACUUAGACAUUGGACUUAAAAUUAGAAGCAACGCCUGGACUGCAUAUCCAAAAAUAUGAAAAAAAUUGGACUUUUCAAAGCAAAAAAAGAUUAAUUUAACUCCUAAUAAAUAAAUGUA